AUGAAAACAGUUCUCAGAGAUCUUUUAUCCUCUGGUCAUAAGAUCAUAAAAGGAGCUGUUUCAAUCGAUCCUGAUGAUGUCCCUCUUCAGAAACUCAAGCUUAUUAUAUGUGGUGAUGAAAAGUCCGGUAAAUCAAAAUUAUUUGAUCGAAUUAUCAAAGAUACAUAUACAGAAAACUAUUUUCAAACAAUCGGUAGUGAUUUCGAAAAGACAAAUAGAGUAGUGCCAGGAGCAAAUGUCGAGUUAGAAGUUUGGGAUACAGCAGGAUCUCCACAAUAUCGUUCAAUAUUGCCAAUUUUCUUUAAUAAUGCUGAUAUAGUUAUUGUCGUAUUCGAUGUUACAAGCAGAAAGACAUUUGAAGCCAUCCCUGGUUUUAUAACUGAUGCAAGAAACUGGGUAAACAAUGAUUGUGACAUUGCCGUGUUUGGUACCAAAAUAGAUAGUUGGAAAAACAAGAGAGAAGUCGAGUUCGAAGAAGCUGAUCAACUUACAAAAAGAUUCGAUACACGUUAUUUCGAAACCAGUGCUGUAACUACACAAGGAUUAGAGGAUGCCAUUAGAAAACUUCUAAAGCAUGCUCUAAAGCGUAAAAGACUCUUACCAGAAUGGUUAUUAUCAACUCCAAGAGAUGGUAAUGAAAGUGAUGACGAUUGA